AUGGCAGGUGUUGGUGACGGCGUGGAAGAGCCGCUUCUUCUUUCACAGCUUCUCGCAGAGAAUGCGCAGCUGAAGACCAGGGUUGGCAUCCCGGAGCACGAGCGUGUGCUGCAUGACGUGCUUCAGGAGCAGCUGCAGCGUUUCUUUGGCGAUGUGAAGCGCACGUUGGAGGCUGUCAUGUCACAGGGAUGCGCCGAGGGGGAAGUGCACGCUGGUGGCGGGUCGCAGCAGGUCUUGGCACUCGUGGAGGCGAUGCGGGUGUUGGGCACACAGAACGAGGAGUUGCUGCAGCAGAUGAAUGAGAUGCAGGCGCAGCGUGUAGUGAGUCUCAAUGGGCAGGUAGAGGCGUUGGGGCAGGAGCGCGACAUGCUGCGUCAUCGCGUGAUUCAGCUCGAAGAGGAGGUAGCAGCCGCAACAGCAGCAGCAGUAGUACCCAAUGAUGCUCAACUGCAAGAAGAAGAACAACAACCACAGCCAGCGCCAGCGCUGUUAGCUGAACUGCGCUCACUCCGCGCAUUUGAUGCGCUUCUCCGCCAUAAGCUGAACGAGAUGCAGAGUCGGAGCGAGGCAGCGACGGCAGAAGCUGAGAAGCUUGUCAAGGAUGGUGUGGACGCCUCUCUUGUUGUGCCGCGCUUGCUCGAACGGGUGGAGGAGCUGCGUGUCACGCUGCACCGUGUGGAGGCGGAGCGUGAGCUGCUCCGCUUGCAAGUGCAGGAGUCGCAGGGGCGCGAGAGUGUGCAGCACGCGUUGCGCGAAGCUCGGCUGGAAGAUGAGCUGGAGCUGGGUCGGGCAACAAUACAGUCGCUGCUGGAGCGCAUCGCCGCUCUGGAGGCUCGCGUCGCCGCGGCGACGGCAGAAGCGGCCGCGCGCACCGAUGACAUCGCGCAGCUGCACAGCACUAUUGAGACGCUGCGUGUGCAGCAGACAGUGGCCGACGAGACGCUCGCAUCGAAGCGGCGGCGGCUGGAGCAGGAGAUGGUCGACAACCCCGACUCGGUGCGCCGCGAGCUGGUGACGUUCUGGCGCGAGGGCCGCGAGGAGCUGCAGCAGCUGCGCGAGGAGGUGCAGGGGCUGCGGGCGAAGGAGCGGCUGUUGCGCAGUACGCAGGAGGAGCUGGCGCAGCUGGAGCGCACGCGCUCCACAGUGACGAGCAAGUUGGUGACCCUCGCUGAGGAAAUUGGCCGCGUGCGGGAGGAGAAUCAGACGCUGCGCGCGCAGUACGCCGGGCUUGAGGUGGAGCGCGACUACCUGCGUGGCAGCCUCGCCGCCGCGCUGGCGCACCACAUGGAGGCGGAGGAUCUGCAGCGCUGCUCUGAGACAAUUCGCGACGCCGCGGCGAAGUCGGCGGCUGCGAGCUCCAAUGUUGUGGCAGAUCCGCAGGCGAUUCAGCAGGCAAUGCGGCAGUCGCAGGAACUCAAGAACGAGGUGGCGCAACUCACCAAGCAGAAGGAGAAGCUGCAUCGGUACAUCUCCCUGCGUGAGAAGCGCAUAGGCGCCCUCAUGGCACGCGAGGCCAUACAUCACACGGAGGUCGGUGAAGAGAAGCCACCAAUAGCAGCGAGCGGUGGCGCCUGUGUUCUGCAGGCCCUAACGUGGGCGGAGCUGCACACCAAUGAUGCACUUUCCGGUAUGGAGGAAACUACCACUACGGAGGGCAGUUCACAGCGCCGCGAGACGUUUGCGAGCAUGCAGCAGCGCAUUGUGGAGCAAGAGAAGCAGCUCGAGGCGUUCCAGAAGCAGGUGGAGGAGCUCACAGCGGCACGUGACGACGCUCGGCAGCAGGUGGCUUCCACACAGAGUGAAUUGCGCGCCACUCUGGCAGCGCGCGAAUCCGCCAUGGUGGAGCUUCUGAGGAGCAACACAUCAUUGACGCAGUCCGUCGAGGUGCUACGGUCCGAGAAGUUUCAGCUGCGCACCUCUUACGACGCUGCUGUCGCUUUUACGCAGAAAUUGUCCACCGCGUUGGGUGGUCUGCUUGAGCUCUUACGCGCGGAGGCCGGCUUUGCGGCAUCCCUCAACGAUGCACUGGCGAGGGACCGGGCGGAGAUUGUGGAGUUGACGCGCCGCACCGCAGAGGCAUGGGAGUCACGUGAGGGCGAGGUACAGUGUGUCGUAGAGAUGCUGGAGCGCAUGUGCGGGUAUAUGACGCAGGCGGCAGAGCAGCAGGAGCGGACGCACACGCUUGACGACACCGCACAUCUUCGCCGUCUGAUGGAAGCGGUGCAGCAGCAGGAAGCACGGUUAAAGGAUGUGCAACAAGGCUUUACACAGGCGUGCCGUGAAUUCGGCGAGGGUCUGGCGCAGCGCAUCACAGAGGCACAGCAGCGAAGCGAUGUGGUAUGGAAGAAGCGUCUUGGAACACUGCUGGAGGAGCGGCAGCACCUGCAGGCGCAGUUGAAUGCAGAGAAGGACUUUUUGGUAAGAAUAGAGCGGUCACUGGUUAUGAAUGCGGCGCAUCAGACAGCCACCCCCGCAACUACUGCUACUGCAACUGCUUCUGUUGCAUCUGCUGACACGAGUGAAGGUGGGCAACAGGUGUUAGAUGCGAUUGAUCAACUCCUUGCGGCGAUGGCGUCACAGGACGCCGCAGUGAGAGUAAGCGAAGAGGAAACGAGUGAGCCCCCGCUUGCUGUUCCCACAACUGAUGAAGCUGCGAUGAACGAAGAGGUCGAUGAGGAAGAAGAGGAGGAAACGGCGAUGGAAGCCAGAUUGGAGGCGACGGAAUCUGCCUGA